CCAACAGAAAACACGAGUCCCGCUUACGCAGCGACGCUUCCGCGGCGCGGAGAUGACUUGAGCGACUGUGGCCACUGCUGCCGUGCGCGACACAUGCCCGAGUGUGUGUGUGUGUGUGUGUAUGUGUGAGUGUGUGUGUGUGAGUGUGUGUGAAAGCUACCACUAGUCGCCCCCAGUGCUCUUCAGUCUCCACUCUCCCUUCUCACCGCAGACUGAACGUCACGUCCGCACUUGAACUUGAGUUUUCUCCCACCGUAGAAGCCAGAGAGCCGCACAGAGCCACGCAGAGCCACGCGCGCGCGCCGGGGGGAUGCGAGACUCCUCCGCGAGCACAAAGAGAAAAAGAGGGUGACAGACCGUCCUCGGACCAGUGCCGGGCUCUGACUGCAAGAGUUAAAGUCUGAGAGGCCGACGAGGAGUGCAGCACUGGAGGUGCCCACCACUUGGGGAGAAGAGAACUGGAUUCCCGUUUUACCCGCGUCCACCGAAGUCCAGCCACCCGCGUCACUCCUCCACUCAGGACCGGAUAGUGUCCAGUGUCCGGAGAGUGGACACAGACUCGGACAGAGCAUCAGGAGGUGACCCCACCGCCUUUCCGCUCCGCUCUUUUUUUCCCCCCUCCACGCUCCUUUGAGGGGAUGGUGUGAUAGCGACAGAGGAAAAGAGCCCGGCUGUCCCCCCUCCCUCCACGCUCCAAGAAAGGAGGCGCGCAACCACUUUGGCACCGAGCUCUGAGCGAGCGCCCCGGCGCCCAGCGCUGCGCCACGGCCGGUGACCGCACAGCGCAGCAGCCGCUGCCCACCCAGGACAGAUCCACAGCGCAGGGGCCAGUCCGCGGGCAGCACCUGGGGCUGGUGCGAAGCGGUCAGCUGGGGGUGACCAGUGAAUUUUGGGGCCAGUUUGGCCGUGUGCAGGAGCGGCAGCCGCGGGGAGAGAAGGAGGAGGAGGAGGAGAGCCGACCUUUCCUGAGCAGCUCUCCGGGCGAUGCCAGUGUAAAUGCCAGGGCGAUGUCCCGACGCAAGCAGGGGAACCCGCAGCACCUGUCCCAGAGAGAAAUAACGCCUGAGGUUGAGCAUCCAGAUGGCGCUCUGCUUUCCGACCCGUCACCCCCCCACCCGCUCGGCCUUCCGGGCCCUCCGCUGGACCCCGGCUUGGCCCACACGCUGCCGCCCGGCCUCCACGUCGAUCACGACUUGCUGACCUGUGGCCAGUGCCAGCUCACCUUCCCGCUGGGUGACAUCCUCCUCUUCAUCGAGCACAAGAAGAAGCAGUGCCAAACACCGCUGCUGCCCAACGGUUGCUACGACAAGCUGAACGACCGAGGAGGAGGAGGAGGAGGAGGGGGUCUGCAAAGCCUUUAUCACUACGCCCAGCGGGGGGAGCUGAGGAAGGUGGUCGAGCCGGUGGAGAUCGGCAUCCAGGUGACACCAGAGGAGGAGGAGGUGGUCGGAGGGAGAGGACGAGGAGAGGGAGUGGAGAGGGGCGAAAAGACGCCCACCAAAGGAAUUUGCCCGAAGCAGGAGAGCACACCAGCAGGUGGCAGAGAUGAGCCCUCCAACUACAUAUGUACCACCUGUAAGCAGCCUUUUCCCAGCGCCUGGUUCCUGCUGCAGCAUGCCCAGAACACUCACGGCAUCCGCAUCUAUCUGGAAUCCAACCCCUCCAGCACAGCCCUCACCCCUCGGCUCACCAUGCCGCCGCCCAUGCCCAACGACUCCAUCCCACAGUCCCCACUCACCAGCUUCCUAGGUGAAAAUAAUCCCUUCCACCUGCUGAGGAUGACAGGGCCUUUACUCAGAGAACCACCCCCAGGCUUUGUGGAAAACCGUCUCCCCAACACCCCGCCGUUUGUCAGCCCACCUCCCCGCCAUCACCUGGACCCCCAUCGGCUGGAACGCCUUAGCGCCGAGGAAAUGGGCCUCAUCUCACAGCACCCCAGUGCCUUUGAGAGGGUGAUGCGGCUUACGCCAAUGGCCAUGGAGUCCCAGUCCAUGGAUUUCUCCAGGCGAUUGCGGGAACUGGCAGGGAACACUAACAGCACUACGCCACCACUGUCUCCCAGCAGGCCCAACCCUAUGCAUCGAUUGCUAAACCCCAACCCCUUUCAACAAGGGCCUAAAUCGCCCUUUCUGAGCACCCCUCCCCUGCCACCGAUGCCCCCCAACAGCACCACCCCUCCCCAGACGCAAAACAAGGUCAAGUCCUGUGAGUUUUGUGGUAAGACGUUCAAGUUCCAGAGCAACUUGGUGGUGCACCGGCGCAGCCAUACUGGAGAAAAACCAUACAAGUGCCAGCUGUGCGACCAUGCCUGCUCUCAGGCAAGCAAGCUGAAGCGCCACAUGAAAACGCACAUGCACAAGGCCGGCUCCAUGACCGGGCGCUCGGACGAUGGGCUUUCCACCACAAGCUCCCCAGAGCCAGGCACCAGUGAUAUCACCGGUGAGGGCAUUAAAAAUCGUGAUGGGGAUUUUCAGGGGGAGGGGAAUGAGGAGGAGGAGGAAGAGGAGGAAGAAGAGGAACUUGAGAAUGAGAGUCGACCAGAAUCGAACUUCAGUAUGGAGUCAGAGUUCUACAGGAACAGGGAAAACGGUUCUAAGCCCCCUUUGGAAGAAAAGACAUCCCUCUCCCUCGAGAAGAUGGUAGACGGCGGGCCUCUCAACUCCAUUCAGCAGUAUAACAAUUUGAUAGUUGACAAUCGUAAAAGGAUGCCCUUCUCCAAAAGGGCUUCUGAUGGCCAGCGGGACGCUGGAGAUGAGGAUUCUGUGGUCGGGGAGAUGGAUCACCACCAGCAGGAAGAGCGGACAACCAUUAAUGGCCGGAACUGUGGCUCCGGUGACUCUUUCUCAGGCUUGUUCCCUCGAAAGCCCACCCCCAUCACCAGCCCCGCUCUCUCCAACUCCUCAAACAAGAGGAUCAAGAUAGAGAAGGACUUGGACAUCCCCCAGGCACCACAUAUCCCUUCUGAGAACGUGUACUCCCAGUGGUUGGUGGGCUACGCUGCCUCUCGCCACUUUAUCAAAGACCCUUUCUUAGGCUUCACUGACUCCAGACAAUCGCCCUUCGCCACCUCCUCUGAGCACUCCUCGGAAAACGGCAGCCUGCGCUUCUCAACCCCUCCAGGAGACCUGCUGGACGGCGGCCUAUCUGGCCGCAGCGGCACCGCCAGCGGAGGCAGCACGCCUCAUUUAGGUGGGCCCGGUCCGGGUCGACCGAGUUCGAAGGACGGGAGGAGGUGCGACACCUGUGAAUACUGUGGCAAGGUGUUCAAGAACUGCAGCAACCUGACGGUGCACCGGCGGAGCCACACGGGAGAACGGCCCUACAAGUGUGAGCUGUGCAACUAUGCAUGCGCCCAGAGCUCCAAGCUCACCCGCCACAUGAAGACGCACGGCCAGCUCGGUAAAGAGGUCUACCGCUGUGACAUUUGCCAAAUGCCCUUCAGUGUGUACAGCACUCUGGAGAAACACAUGAAAAAGUGGCAUGGAGAACAUUUGAUGACCAGUGAGGUCAAAAUUGAACAAGCAGAGAGAGCCUAAGGCUCGCGUUCUUGCUCUGCACCAUCCUUCUUGGACUCUUAAAAAGACAACUAAUUAAGGGGGUAGCUGGAUACUUUUAUAUUGAUUUUAGUUUAACUUUGUGUUUUUGAUUAAAAAAACUGCCAACUGAGAAAAACAAAAAAACCCGAGAUCUUAACAACAACUGAAGCUGUCUAAACUGCCUCCUUUGGCAUUCAUUUUUAAACAAUCAGUCUGAGUUUUAAAUAUGUGGAGCCUUUAACUGUGCAAUAAUUUCUGUAUUUAUUGGAUUUUGUAUUUUGGCAUGUGCAGGUAAUUUUUUUUUUUUUUACAGUUCAGUUUGAGUUUGCCUCUUUUUAAACCCACAUGACAUCCUGAGAGUUCUUCAGCAAACCUAACAGAAAUACAUUUUAGGUUGUUUAUAUUUGUUUUUGGUUUUUUUGUGGGGGCGGGGGGGACACGGCUUGUAGGAAAUUGUAUAUUAAGAUAAUUGUUUAGUGUCUUGAAAAGAUGCCGAGUUCAAUCUUCGAUUUGAGAGUUAACUGCGAAUGCUAGAGUUAAUUUAUUUUGCGUGACGAUGAUAUGCGGACAACAAUCCUUUUUGGCAUUGUAGCAUGAAAUGACUCUAAAACAUUUCGAUAUAAUUGGGUAUGUAGCACUGAGUGUCAUAACAAACAGUAAAUGUCAUGAGAAAAAGGAUCCCAAGACUCAUAAACCCUGAACAUCCUAACCAGCCUGAGGAAACAGGUUCACAACAAGACAGCUGCUGCCUGCAACAGCUCCAUGACAGCUUACUAGGUUCCACUCUAACCUCCUCGUACUACAUUAUACACCUGUGCAUUAUAUUUUUCAUCAAGCCUCAUGAUCUUUAGGUGUUAUUAUUAAUCAGUAGUGGAGCAUGAAGCCAUGACGAGUAUGCACAGUGAGAUAGUUAGGACAGAGAAACAGAAAGAGCACCUGAAUGUCUCAGGGUAAAAUGUAACUGCUCAAAUCUUAGUUUUUACCCAGUUGUUCUUAUUCUACCUUGCGAUGCAUUUCAGCUAAAGUAUACUAUAGGCCACAAGGACAUAUUUUGACAUCUAAAAAUAGACAUCUGUCGCUAAAAUAAUCAUAAAUUACAUUUAUUUCAAUAGGGGCUUAAGUUUGUAAGGAAAAUUUACCAGAUAUCGACUUAGAAAGGUGAUAAAAUGUUAUCAUAUUAGCAGUUUUCAGGUUCAUUAAAAUUAUUAGCAUGAACAUUUAAGUGAUUAAAAUGACUUAAAUGUUCUCUACCACAUUGGGAUCUUUGCCCAGCUUACAUUAAGCCAUUCCAACUUCAUGGUUGCACUUCUUUAAAAAAAAAAAAAAAAAAAAAAAUCACAUUUAUUUCAAACGCUGACCAUUCUCAGAAACAAACCGGCACUUUAUAAUUUAUCCAUCCAAUGCACUCAGACAACACAGCUAAGUGGGAAAGAAGGGUGGGGAGCUUGGGAUCUCCUGAUGCUGGAGUGCCACUAUUGUUAGGCUUAGCUUUCCCAAAGCUGGCACUAUAAAAAUUGAAUAAGCGAAUAAUGGGAGUAAAAAUUAUAUUAAUUUAUUCUGGACAUUUUGAGUACUGCCAUUCAAUUUGACUUGAGUGUGCCUUGAAUUGUGAUACUCCUAUUUAUGGUUUGAGACAAAUGCAACGCUUUCCCAAAAAGCAUCAAAUUGAACAAAAGCAAGUUCACUUUAACAUAGAAUCUGACACUCAAACAGAAAAAAAAAAUGAGCAAAAUGAUGAGUUUAGGUUUAGCAUUAGCAGAUUACCCAGCACAAUAAUAAUGUGUCUGUGUGUAUAUAUGUAUGCAUAUGUACAUAUAAAUGCACAACCUAUAUGAAUAUAUAUAGAUCUAUAUCAAAUUCCACGCUGACAAGGACACAAGUUUGUCCCACAACCGGAUCGUCGGGGAGCAGACAAAAACCUCUCAAAAACUGGAGAAAAAAUCAGGAAAAACAGAAACUAGAGCAGAAUUUAGUGCACUCUGUCUUGAAGAAGUUUACAGUAUUGAUACAAGGGAUACAAAUCCAUUUGUGUGAGUGUGUAAAACGUUUUUUUUUUUUUUUUGCAGGUUUGCUUUGAAACUUUUAAUUCUUUGUUUUUUCAUUGCUUCUCAUUUUUUGUGACGGGUUUUGGUAUAUAUAUGAAUAUAUAUAAAUAUAUAUGACAUUUUUUCUGGUUUACUGUAAAAGUAUAACAGUAUUUGUAAUAUUGGAGAAUGCUGGGGCAUUUUAAAGAACUAUAAAAAAUACUGUUUUUUUUUUUUUUUUAAAGAAUCAUUUAUUUUACAGUCCAAUUUAAAUUGUGGGUCUCUGAAACUGUUUUUUUGUCAAUGUAACUGUAAAAGUCCUGAGUUUUAGUAGCUUUUAUUCUGGCUUGGGUGUAAAGAAAUAAAAAAAAUAAAAAAAUAAAAAAGAAACAAGUGGAAAGCAAGCCUGAGCUUGAACGAACUCGGUGAUGGAAGUUUUGGGGAACGUUGGUUCUGGUUUUCAGGAAGAAUCACGGAGAAUCCUGACCUGUAUCUAUUUUUCUUCUUCUGGAAUGGAUUAUUCUUCAUGGAUGGUUUGAAUUACAUGUGUAGGGGCUUGCUGUCGUUCCUAAAGAGCUUGUCUUUUUUUUAACCUGUAGGCUGUGUGCAUCCUUUGUGAAUGAAUAGGGGUGACUUUCUGACCAAUCCGACUCACGGGCUGCCACGAUCUGUUUGUCCAAACAGAACCUGAUCAAUUUGUACUGUUGUACUGAAUCAUGUUGUACAGAAUGGGAUCAAAUAAAGGUUGUUAAACAGCCUUUUAGUGACAAAAACACACCUUGAUGUUUUGGUUGUACAUAGUUUUUUCUAUGACUACUCUGUUUUUCUUUGGUUUGUCCUUUCUGUUUGUGAUUUCUGACCGGCACUGGCGGUGGCCUGGAUGUGGAAGGCUGGGGGUUCUCCAUGUCAGUUUCCAGGCCUCAGCAUGAGAACAGAGCACAAAUACAAGAUGUUACAAACGUC